AUGUUUUCGUCAGCACUCAAGUCGUUUACCUCCAACAUUGGAUCCAACUAUACCAUCGCUCCGCAACCUAGCUCGACCUCUGGACCAUGGAAGAUCUUCGACGCCAAGAAGAAGUCGACUGGCAAAGCUGCCUCGGUCUUUGUAUUCGACAAGAAGUCUCUGGAAUUAACUGCCAGUUCUCUAGGAGGAGGUCGUGGGAACUCGUCGUCCAUCAAACGAGCUCAAGAGGAGGUUAUCGACCGUCUGAAGAAGGAGGCAAGCUCUCUGGCCCGCCUGCGACAUCCCAGUGUCUUGGAGCUGGCCGAACCUGUCGAGGAGACGCGUAGUGGUGGUCUCAUGUUUGCGACAGAACAAGUCACCGUCUCUCUUGCUGCUUUGCUGGCCGAGAAAGACGACCAAGAAAGAUCAGGGCGAAAUGCUGGAAGAGGCAGCCGUUAUGUUGUCCGAGGGAACGAUGGUCAAGACGAGAUCCGCGAGCUCGAACUGGACGAGCUGGAAAUACAAAAGGGUCUCCUGCAGAUCGCAAAAGGCCUGGACUUUCUACAUACCAGUGCGAAGCUGGUUCACGCCAACUUGACACCAGACGCCAUCUUUGUCAAUGCAAAGUCGGACUGGAAGAUCUCGGGCUUGGCCUUCUCUACACCUUUCUCCGACUCUGUCUCGUCACCAUCUCUGUCGCUGUCUGAAGUCUUGAACCAUGAUCCUCGACUUCCCCCUUCAGUCCAGUUAAGCCUCGACUACACCUCUCCCGAUUUUGUGCUGGAUAACAACAUCAAUCCCUCGGCCGAUAUGUUCUCGCUGGGUCUUCUUAUCAUCGCCCUCUACAACUCUCCACAUCGCAGUCCCAUCGAGACACAUGAAAGUCUCUCGGCCUACAAACGUGCCUUUUCCUCGUCCUCCUCCGUACCCAACCAGACCAACAACUUUCUCUCCUCUGUGCCGCUACCAAAGAACCUUUCAUCCGAGCUUCUACCACGCCUAAUAACUCGACGUCCUGCACAACGUCUCAACGCCAUGGAGUUCCAACAGGCUCAAUAUUUUGACAACAUUCUCGUAUCAACUAUUCGCUUUCUGGAUGACUUGCCGGCCAAGACACCCAACGAGAAGGCUCAGUUCAUGCGAGGCCUUGCAAAAAUCAUGCCACAAUUUCCAAAAUCAGUCCUGGAGAGAAAGCUCUUACCUGCUCUGCUAGAAGAAAUGAAAGACCGCGAACUACUAGCCCCGAUUCUAUUGAAUGUCUUUGCCAUCAUCAAGGCCUCACCAUCAGGGAAACGUGCUUUUACAGAUAAGGUCAUUCCGAGGUUGCGCGAUAUAUUCCUUGUGCAAUCGAACGCGAAAACUCCCGCUGAGCGUGACACUACCAAAGAGGCUGGUCUAAUGAUCGUGCUCGAGAACAUGAAAGUUGUGGCUGAUAACUGCUCUGGCAAGGAGUUUAGAGAUGGUAUGUACUUGAGAUGUCUCUGUCAUAUGUGUGAACACAUGCUAACAUUCGUAGAUAUUCUUCCCAUCAUCGCUCUAGGUCUCAGCUCGCCAACUCAUGCUGUUGUUGAUGCUGCUCUCUCCACAUUGCCUGCCGUUCUGCCUGCCCUCGACUACAGCACAAUCAAGAAUGAGCUGUUCCCUGUAAUCGCUGGUGUCUUUGCCCAUACAAACUCGCUUGGCAUCAAGAUUCGUGGUCUUGAAGCGUUCUAUACUCUAUGUGGCGGUACGGCUGAGAACGAGUCUGUUAGCGAUGGCCUUGAUGGUGUUUCCAUCUCUCACGACUCUUCCAAACUCAGUAGUAGCCAAGUGCUUGACAAGUUCACUAUCCAGGAGAAAGUCGUACCUCUAAUGAAAGGCAUCAAGACAAAAGAGCCCGGUGUUAUGGUGAGUCUUCUCGAUCAUUAUGAACGCAGCAAUUUAGUAGCUGACUCGAGCAGNAUGGCCGCCCUUAAGGUAUUCAGACAAAUAGGUCAGGUCGUAGACUCCGACUUCCUCGCCAUGGAAGCUCUACCCAUCCUUUGGAGCUUCAGUCUUGGACCUCUUCUUGACCUUGAGCAGUUCCAGGCUUUCAUGACUCUGAUCAAGAAUCUCUCAUCACGUAUUGAAAGAGAACAUACUCGUAAACUGCAAGAGCUGGGCUCGAGCAAUGGUGCUGGGUCAACGAGAUCGGGAGCAAAACAACCCACUGCUUUCCAGUCAAGCACGACGACCAACGGUGGUGAAGUAGACUUUGCAAGCUUGGUCAGUGGAAGAAAGGGAACUGCGACUCCAGACAUCAUGAACGAUUGGGGUCCGCCUGCUGCCAAACCCGCUUCGACCCAGCCACCAACUACAUCGCAAGCCUCAUCCUUCUCAACCUGGACAAGUGCAGCACCAGCUCAAGCUUCUCGAUUGACCUCUCUACAACCUUCAGCCAACCAGCGCACAGUAACGCCAGAUCUCAAUACUUCCUUUGCCGCACUCACACCUGCAUCGCCUUUUAACGCACCACUACAGCCUUCUAACCCCAGCUUCACAUCCCCACCUCUCAACCGCGCAGCCAGCAACACUGCCUCGUCAAUAAACUGGUCAGCGGCAAUCACAACCCCCAGCGCUACAUCGACAUGGUCUUCACAGCAAAGACCCACAAAUGGCGGGAUACUUGCUCCGCCCACCCAACGGCAAUCUUCGUUUACCAUUGCCCCGCCGCCGAGCUUCAAGACGCCAACACCGGGGACGGCGAAUGCGUAUUCUGCGUUUUCGAUGCCGGCGAUGCAACCGCAGCAGAUGCAGCAGAGACAGGCGUUGCAGCAACAGACACAGCAGCAGCAGCAGCAGCAGCAGCAGCAAAGGCGACGGCACCACAGAGUAGUGGGUUGGAUAAAUAUCAGAGCUUGA